AUGAACCAUCUGUGUGGUGACAGAGAUGGUGAACUGUUUGCCCGCAGCUUGGUUGCUUUCUUCGCACACUUCGCCGCCUCUAGCGAUUGGUCUUUUGAACCAUCACUGCCUAGCAGCAGUGAUGAUCCGCUUGGACUGGAGUUCCUAUCCCGCCAUCCAGCCUUCCCCCGACAGAUUGCCACUGAAGGGCUUAUACCCCUUCUCGACAAUUACAUAGACCGGGCCAUUUCAGUGUUCGAAUCAACCAGUGAUGUACGAUUGACGCCUCCACAAUGCAAUUUGCCGCCAGCUUCAAGUAUAUAUGACAUACCACAAGCCCCGGUGUUCACUAUGUCACAGUCCAUUGAGGAUAAUAUGCAGACAGGCCCCCCGGGGCCGAAGGAUUUGUGCCAGAUAGCUUCAAGCUGCAUGCUGUCGGCUUUUAACUUGAGAAACGCUGUCAAGGGCGCCAAGGACAACCUUAUACGCACCGCCACGGACCGCCCGACAAUUCCUAAAUCGUCUAUCGUUUCUAGUGCUGAAUACGUGUUUGCUACCGUUAUGUUCGGAGGACUCUGGUACUUCUACGCCAGUCAUUCUUCGGUCAAACCAAUUUUGGACACCUGGUGUUCAUGGCUCAAUGAUCGGGUUUCCGGUGCUAGGGCACCGCCAAUCACGACUAUUCCUUGGCUCGGCUCUACUAAAUCGCUGUUCACUGCCGAUACAGAGACAGAUAUUCUCGCGACUUUGUGGACUUUCGUGACCCGCGGUGCUGGUAAUCUCCAGCCUACUGGGUACCAGGCUAGCUUCUCUGAGUUCUAUUCAAUGAUGGCCCUGCGAGCAGGCGUCAGUUUUGUCGCUUGCGAUGGCACGCUAGUAGUCGAUGUUGCUGUCGUCGUGCAGACAGUGGCCCAGAUUCCAAAUCUAGGGUAUGACGGUAUGACUGGGGACCAAAGGGGAGCCGCAAUUUUUCUCAAUGGCGAUAUGGGCAAAGCUUGGGCUACUCAUUUUCUUGCAGCGCUCCGUUGGUAUACCAUCUGCUCUCCUAGUGCGAUGGGAUUGAGCGCAAUAGCGAGCGGCUUAUAUGCAUACACAUCAAAACGCCAUGGGCCUGGUUAUUGGAAGUACGUCCGCCCACGACUCAUCUGCGCGCAGGGUCAUACGUCCGGGUUUGAUUUGCCCGUCUGUAUCCCUAGCUUUUGGUACGAUGGUGGGCUUGAAGGGUGUCGGCCAGAGCCCCUCCAUCCAUGCAGCCACCGCCCACGACCGAUCUACAUCUCCCCCCUGAUUGAUGCAAUCAACGCUGUGUCCUCAAUCACAGAGUGUGAGACUUAUGACCAAUGGCGCUCCCAAAUUGAUACAUCCGUUGCCAGUGUGGAUAGUUGGCUGCGCGACCUAGCAACUCAUGGUGAGAGCGAUGUCCUGCUCCGUGCCACAGCAGGAGCAGCCCCAAGCUUCAUUAAUUUAGUAUCUAGCACCCUCGCUGCUGUGCUGGACUAUGAUUGA